CGUUUAGAAGCACGACAUUUUCAAUAACAACAGUUAAUGGUUUACGGCACGUGCACUCGUUGUGGACGUUAUGAGAGUUUGGGGACUCUUUCCUUAGCAAGUAGCUGCUGCUGUCAUUCAGGUUGCCUUUAGGAUGGAUCCAAUUGUACUAAGCUACCAGGACAGUCUCCUGCGGCGCUCAGAUGUGGCACUUUUAAAUGGACCCCACUGGCUCAACGAUCAGGUCAUAGGUUUCGCCUUUGAGUACUUUGCAACAGAUCGCUUCAAAAAUGUGGGCGAGAAUGUCUGUUUCAUCAGCCCAGAAGUCACUCAGUUUAUAAAGUACGCCUCAUGUCAAGAGGAGCUUGCCAUUUUCCUGGAGCCGCUGAAUCUUGCAUCUCGUCUGUGGGUUUUUUUGGCUGUCAAUGACAACUCGAAUCAAACGGCCGGUGGCUCUCACUGGAGCCUACUUCUCUAUCGGCGAGACACCGGCCAGUUCUCCCACUACGACUCCCAGAGUGGAAGCAACUCAUUGCAUGCCCGGCGUAUUGCAGCCAAGUUGGAGGCUUUUCUAGGCACUGGAGCGAAAGUGCCCUUUGUGGAGGAGCAAAGCCCCUCGCAGCAGAACAGCUAUGACUGUGGCAUGUAUGUGAUCUGUAAUGCUGAGGCUCUAUGUGAGAGUGCUAGGGUUGAGGGCUGUCCGCACCUGCCCGCUCAGAUCAUAACACCCACCUAUAUUACACGGAAACGGACAGAAUGGUAUUCACUAAUACAGAGACUCGCCAAAGAAUGACUAGCUGACCUUUUAUUACAUCAUGCAACAGCACCGUCAUGUAUGCAUGAACUGCAGUAGCCAAUGGGCAAAGUGAACACACUUAUUUAUCGUACUCAAUCCUCCACAAAGGAUGCACAAAAAAAAAACAACAUGUACUUUUCAAAAUGAUUUGCCAAACUCUCAAAUCAAUAGUUCACACAAAAACCCCAUUAUCAUAUUACUCACCUCGCUCCAGACCCAAAAUGGGAAGUGAGAUGCAGAGUCUUCGCUCUGCUUUUUUCAUAAAAUGAAAGUGAAUUUGGACUGCUCUGUCAGUCUCCAAUAAUUUUUAAAAAAGCCAUUAGAGGGAUAGUUCACCUAAAGAUUAAAAUCUGCUGAAAAUUUACUCCGCCUUAGGCAAGCAGUUUUUGUCUUCAUUGGAACUGAUUUGAAAAAAAAAAAGAGCAUUACAUCACUUGAUCCACAAUGGAUAUACUGCAGUGAAUGGGUGCCGUCAGAAUGGGAGACCAAACAGCUGAUAAAAACAUCACAAUAAUCCACAAGUAAUCCACACAACUCCAAACCAUCAAUUCAUGUCUUGUGGCUUACAAAGCUCCAUGUUUGUAAGGACAUUUUGUGGUUUUCUGAUCAGUUUGAUGUAAGUGAUAUUCAUACUGUCCUGACAAAAUGACAAUAUAAAAGAUUGGAAAUAUAAGGCUCCAUGUUUAUAAGAAACAUCCAUCAUUAAGGCUUUUCAACUUUAAGCCUUUGCUUCUGGUCAAAUUACCAGUCCAUUAUCAAUAAAACCGCUUCCCCGUUGAAAAAGUCCAUCCCUUGUUGUACUCUCACAUCAAAAUCCACUGAUUUAUUUUGUUUAGAACUGUUUUUGGACUGUUUCAGAUGAGACAUUGGAGAAAGCAACAAUAUUCUUAAAGGAUUUUUUUUUUUUUUACAAACGCUGAGCAUUUUGCUUCACAAGACCUCAAUUGAUGGUUUGGAGUCCCGUGAUUACUUGUGGAUUAUUAUGAUGUUUUCAUCAGCUGUUUGGACUCUCAUUUUGAUGGCACCCAUUCACUGCAGAGGAUACAUCGGUGAGCAAGUGACGUAAUACAAAAUUUCUUCAAAUCUGUUCCAAUUCAUAAACAAACUCAUCUAUACUGUAUCAUGGAUGGUUGAGGGUUUUCAGCUAAUUUAAAUUUUGGGGUAAAUCAUUCCUUUUUGAAGUAUCAAAAAAGUAGUGAAUCAUGCACUAUAUUGAUAUUUUCCUGAAGUCAGCAAUUUCCCUUCACUGUAGCUCUUAAAUCAAUUAUUUGACCCUGGACCACAAAACCAGUCUUAAGUCGCUGGGCUAUAUUUUUAGCUAUAGCCAAAAAUACAUUGUAUGGGUCAAAAUUAUAAAAAAAAAAAUUUUAAUGCCAAAUAUUAU